AUGACUAACAGUUCAUCAUCAAGGGUGCUUGAUUUCAAAGGUGUAGAAGUGAUGCUAUUAGAGGAUAAGGUUCACAAAAGUGAAGUCAAGACAAGGGAUGAUGGAGAGAAUGUUGUUGGGUCGAUGGGAACCAAAAAGAUGCUUCUUACCAAGAUGGUCAUAGAUGGGACUCCAAGGUGGGUGAAGCUUGACAUAAAGGUUAAAGAAGAUGGGUAUCAACAAUAA